AUGUCCACAACCGGACAAGAAGAUGUUGACGUUGUCGAACGAGAGCCAACGGCGGAAGAGAUUCAACAAGCGUUGACUGUAGCAAGAGAACAAGGACUUCCUGAACAAUUCCAUGUCCAAUGGGAUGAGACUGGCCGCAAAUUCUGGAUGCUAAAAAGCAAACGGUUUCAUUCGGUUCCAAGUGCCAUGGCGCAUGCGUGUCAAAUUGGACUAUUGCCACCCGCCAAGAUGCCAGAAUCUUAUCAAGACAAGGAACUGUCUCCAAAAGAAUUGGAAGCGGCCUUGCGAGAAGCCCGUCAACAAGGCUUGCCAGAAUCGUUCACGUGUCGAUGGGACAAUAAAAAGAGGCGUCGAGUUUGGUAUACGCCAGAUGGCAGACGAGUCAAAGGUGGUAUCCCGGCUGCCCUGAAAACGGCUGCCGAAUUAGGAUUGAUUUCCAAUGCCCGUGCUCCAACGGAUAGUAAUAAGAUUCCCCUCACAACACAUGAAAAGAUUCAGGUGGGGCUACAAGAAGCUAGGGCGCAUGGAUUGGAGGGGUGGAAUGUCAUUUGGGACUCCAAGUACAAUCAAAAGGUGUUUUGUUCGCCAGAUGGCGCUCGCAACCUGUACGGAUUGGACAAGGCAUUGGCCUACGCUGUCAAACAGAAAUGGUUGCCCGCUGACAAACUUCCUCCCCAAUUUGCCAAAGAUCGAGAACUGACAAAUGAAGAAAAGGCCAAGGCAUGGAAGGCCGCCAAGAAAAAGAAUUUGCCCGAAACAUGGACGGUCGUAUGGGACAGUAAGCAACAUCGACGAGUCUGGGUUGCACCGGACAAUCGACGCUGCGAUUGCAUCUCCAAAGCUGUCGUCUACUCGGUCAAAAAGGGAUGGUUGGAUCCGACCAUAGUAAAGCCGCAAAAGACAAGUUUGACUCCUGCGGAAGAAGAGGCGGCCCUGAUGGAAGCCAAAGAACGUGGAUUGCCAGAUUGCUUUUCAGUCCGAUGGAAUCCCAAAAAGAAUCAAAAGCAGUGGAUUGCUCCUCAGGGAAAGGUAUGCAACAGCAUUCCUGCAGCCUUGGCCUAUGCCACCAAGCAUGAAUUAAUACUUGAAAACGAUAACGACGACGGGCCAGUAGCAGCAAUGGCCCCAACCAAACGAAAGCGCAAACAAACCCGAAUCAUUAGUCCUCGGCCAUUGAAGCAGGCGGCCUUGACGCAAUUGAUAGAUGCUGCUUUGGCGAAGGAUGUACAGGAAUCGGUACCACAAACAGCUCAUACAAAUGCAGCUACUGCAGUUGAAGAAGAGGAUGUUGUUGAUGAUGGUGAUGAUAAUGUUGUUAAUGAUAUUGAUGAAGGGGACAUUGGUUGGACGAAAUUUCAGGACGACCAGGACGACGACGAUGAUAAUGAUGAUAAUGGCGUGAACGAUGAUAUCAAGCCAGCUGAUUCGGAGCUAGCCAAAGAAACAGCUAGUAUAUCAGGAGCCGAAGAGACUACAGGAAAGACAUCAAUGUCCAAACACGAAGUAGACAUAGCUAUGGAACAAGCGGAACUGCGUGGGCUGCCAGGUGGAUGGACAGUCUCAUGGGAUUUGAAGCGAAAGCGACGAAUGUGGACAUCGCCGUGUGGCAAGUACAAAUGCAGAGGAAUUCCCAGUGCACUGCACAAGUCUAUGGAAUUGGGACUCAUUUCCUACCCUAGCACUCCAGUACAAGAUGCUUCCCAAUCAGUGUCUACAGAUGCCCGUGCAGCAUCAGCAAUGCGAGAUGCAAAGCAUCGAGGUCUUCCAGAUUCUUGGACAGUGGAAUUCUUGGAUGAUGGACGGAGAUCUCUGAGAUGGCGAUCUCCGGACGGCAGAGUUGCCAAGACACUCGUGGAAGCAUUGAAAAUGAGCGUGGCAAUGGGGAUCUUGCCUCCAGACAAAAUGCCCGUAGAGUACCGAGAACGCACACUGACUGCUGAGGAAGAAGAGCGAUCUCUCAAGGAAGCUGCAUCACGUGGAUUGCCUUCUGGAUGGUCGGUGACAUGGAACUCCAGUCGACGACAAAAAAUCUGGAUCAGUCCUGACGGGAAGAAGAAAUGCGACUCCAUCAACAAGGCAUUGAAGGUAUCAGUGCGUCUUGGACUAAUUUCACAAGACGCCUUGCCAGCAAGACUGAAAGCACGCGACUUUACUCAAGAACAGAUAGAUGCAGCUUUGGCAGAUGCCCGAGCAAAAGGUUUGACAUGCGAUGGAGAGUUCCGCUGGAGAUUAGAGUUGAAUACCAAGAAAGGUUGUCGACGAUGGAUAUCACCUGACAAUAAACGACGAUGUGAUUGUAUCUCCAAAGCUGUCGCAUAUUCCAAAAAGAUGGGAUGGGUGCCUGCCGACUCGUCCAAGAGUUACUAUUCGUAA